AUGCAAACUGCUUCUACUAACAUUUGUGAAAGAUUGUGCAAUAAGUCCAUCUGUGAAAUUUCUUUGCUACUAAAUAUUCCACGGUCAGCUGUUAGUGGUAUUAUAAUAAAGUGGGAGCAACUGGGAACAACAGCAACUCAGUCACAAAGUGGUAGGCCACGUAAAAUGACAGAGUGGGGUCAGUGCAUGCUGAAGCGCACAGUGCGCAGAAGUCGCCAACUGUCUGCAGAGUCAAUAGCUGAAGACCUGCACAUUUCGUGUGGCCUUCAGAUUAGCCCAACAACAGUGCAUAGAGAGCUUCAUGGAAUGGGUUUCCAUUGCCGAGCAGCUGCAUCCAAGCCUUACAUCACCAAGUGCAAUGCAAAACCGUCGGAUGCAGUGGUGUAAAGCACGCCGCCACUGGACUCUAG